UUAUUUAACUUUUCAAUCGUUGCGGUUGCCUUAUUAUUAAUUUCAAACUAUAAAGCAAACAAUACGCACAAGAUAUGCGUAACGUAGAAAUAAAAGCAAAAGUUAACGAUUUCGAUGAAAUAUGCAAAAUAGCUGAAGAGCUAAGCGGCGCACCACCGACUAUUAUUCAUCAAAAUGAUACUUUUUAUAAAGUGAAUACUGGGCGUUUGAAGUUGAGGGUAUACGCAGACGAAUCUGCAACUCUCGUGAGAUACGAUCGUGAUGAUGAACAAGGACCAAAGUUAUCGAAUUACGAUCUCUUAGAGUUUUCGGUGAACGAAAGUGCUAAAAUUAAAACAUUUGACGAUAUUAUGAAAAAAUGUUUGGGUGUACGCGGAAAUGUUAUUAAAGAACGACGAUUAUACAUGGUGGACCAGACUCGCAUACAUAUAGAUAAAGUCGAUGGUCUUGGUAAAUUCAUGGAGUUAGAAGUGGUUCUUCGUCCAGAACAGACGUUAGAAGACGGACAAGCAAUAGCCAAAGAUCUACAAAUGAAGCUCGGUGUUAAAGACAUUGAUUUAAUUGAUUGUGCCUAUGUUGAUUUAUUGGAUAAGAAUUAAUUCUUUUUUCUUUUAAUUCGUAUU